AUGUAAGAUUUUAAAGAUAUGAAAGUUAUUGCUUGUGGGCAAUAUUCACAAGUAAACUAUAACAAUAAAUGAAAGGUAUUUUCUGCUAAAUUAAGAAAAGAAAAUAAACUUUAUGCAAUCAAAAAAUAUAUUAAGAAAACCUUAUCAAGAUAGCGUAUAUCACCAAAUAUUGCUAAAGAAAUAGAAAUUAUGAAUCUUUUAGGAGAUAAUCAAUAUACAACACGUUUGAUUAAUCAUUUUGAAGACAAAGAAGUAAUUCUAUCUAAAUAAUAUAUAUAAGUCCAUCUAUCUUAUCACAGAAUAUUUAAAUAAUGGCAAUAUGUAAUAAAAAUUAUUGAAGGACAAAAAGCUUUCAGAAUAAGAAACAUUAUUUUAUGCUAAAUAAAUGAUAGAUAUUUUAGAAUAUUUGCACAAAAAUAAUGUUGUACAUAGAAAUUUCAAAUUAGAUAAUAUACUCAUUAGAAAAAGUAUUUUUUAUAGUAUAUCUAUAUUUUAGAUGAAAAAAAGCAAAUUACAAUUAAAUUAUGUGAUUUUGGUUUUAGUACAUAUAUAUAACAUGGAGAAGGAAUUUUUAAUGGAAAUGAUCAUUUUGGUCCUGAACAAUAUAAUCUAUAACCAUAAACUGAAGCUUUAGAUAUUUGGAGUUUUGGUGUUAUUCUAUAUUAAAUGCUAACAGGGAAAUUUCCAUUUGAACCUAAACCAGAAUAAUUAAAAGGUAAGAAAAAAUAAGAUGUUUUGUAACAUAAUAUUGUUAAUGGAAUAUUUUCAUAAAAGAAUUUAAGUGAAGGUGUCUAAGAUUUAUUAAUCUAGAUUUUUUAAAUAAAUCCAUCAAAAAGAAUUACUAUAUCAUAAAUUAAAGAACAUUGGUGGAUAUAGGGUAUAUAAAGACCUAAUGAUAAAAUUAAUAUUAUAUCAAUUUUAGAAGAUGAACCAGAAACUUAAGAAGAAUAAUAAUAACCAAUAUAAUAAUGUAUUGAUGUUGAAGAAUAGAUUACUUAAAUUAGAUUAUCAGUUAAGAAGAAGAUUUAACAUAAUUUUAAAAUUUAAGAUAAUGUUAUUAAUAAUAAUGAAAUAUCAGAAAUUUAAAUAUUAUAGAAAAUCAAUAAGAUUGAAGUUUGUGAAAGUGAAGAAAUUAAUUUAAGUUAGAUGUUAAAUACAAUUAAAUAAUAAUUAACCUAAAUUAAUAAUGAAAAUAUGGAUCUUAUGAGUGAAUUAUAAUUGAGAUCAAGUGGUACUGUACAUUUAAGUGAUGAGAGAGAGAGUGUUGUUUCAUAUUUAAAUUAUGAUAGCAAAUCUCGUUAAGAUUUUUGUAAAAUUCAAAUGUAAUAAAUUCCAAGAAUUGAAGGAGAAUAAUUUUGUCUUAAAUAAACACUUGAAUAAUAGAUGGAAUAAUUAUAAUAAAUAAAAGAGAAUAAAGAAUCUAUUGAUAAAUAUAAAGAAGAUAUAAUUAAUAAUAAUAAUUAUAUAAAUGAAUUAAUGUAAACUAGAUUACUUCUUAAAAAAUAAAUUUAAGAUUUAGAAGAAAAAAGAAGUUUUAUGAAAUUAGAAGAAGGCAUUAUUGGUAUCUAAUAAGAAAUUGAAAAAAAACUAACUUAAUUAUCUACAGAUUUUAAUGAUAGAAUUACUAUAUUAGAAAUAUUUAAUAAUACAUUUACAGAAUCAAAAUUAGAAGAAAAUAGAUAAUAAUAUAAAUAACAUAAAAGUAUUGAAAAAAAAUAUGAUUUAUCAUUAUUAUAAAAUGAAGAAUUCCCAGAAAAAAAAUAAAAGAAAAUUGAUUAAUUAAAAUAAUAAAUUUAAGAAACAAGAGAAAAAUAAAAUUAAAUUAUUAAUUAAAUUAGUGUAAAUUCAACUUUAUUUAAUUAAAAAGAUGAAGAAUCAAUUAAAGAGAAAUUAAAUCUAUAAAUGGCAAAAAAAGAUGAAAUGAAUAUUUAAUUAUAGUAUCUAUAAUAAUAAACAGAUAUUUUAUUGGCUGAAAUUAAAGAAUAAGAAAAAGGUUUAAAAGAGUUAGAUCAAAAAAAAUUAGAAAUUGAAAAAUCAAAUUAAAAAUCAAAAAUUGUUUUUUGA